CAUUGCGGGAAAUUCAAUCAACAGACGAAUGAUGGCGUCCACAACAUUGCAACCUCAAAUAAAAGAAACUGAAAAUAUUCCAGCAGUUAUAAAAUACAACAAUAAACCAAUGGAUUUAACAAGACAAAAUCAGAAUGAAAGCAGAAAAACACUACAGACUCUCCAGUAUUCAACAGGAGCUCCAAUAUCCCCAAUAAGGAAAAUUGUUAAACCACAGAAGAAAAAUUUGAUACAGAAAGUUCAAAAGCCUAUUACAAUAUUUGUAGACCCGCCUAAGAAAAAGUUAGACGACAAAGCUAGUCAGACAGAAAAAUCACAAAAUGGUUCAGAUGCCUAUAAUAUGCUGGUGUCAGAGGAAAUCCCUGAGUCCUACUGGAAAGAAUUGGCAGAAGAAAGGAGGAAAGCUUUAGAUGAAUCAUUACAUGAAAAUGAGCAGUUGCAUAAAGAAGUUUCUGAACUGAAAGACGAGAAUGACAAGCUGUCAAAAGUGGCAAGUCAGGCUGAGUACUUUGCAAAUGUGCUCAAAGAAGUUUUAGGUGCAGAGGAAGAAGACAAAGAUGACCAGGAUGUGUUAAAUAGUACUGACACUGAUGAAGUGAAAUCUGAUAUAAAUGAAAAACUAGGAAUGGAACUGUUGGAUAAGAGUGAAAAAGAAGACAACGACUCAAAUGAAAAAUCACAUAAAUCUGAAGAAUCUGUAUCAGCACAACUACAUGAGGAUUCUACUACAGAAACUGAAGACCAGAAAACCACAGAAACAAAGUUGGUUUCAGAGGACAGUUAGUUCAGAUUUUUUUGCAUUUUAUGAAUUUCACAGACUUGUCAGUGCAGCUUAAAGUGUUUUACUAGACUCAGGGAUAUGUCUCAUAAAAUUGUAUGAUAAAUAUUUUAUUUUUUAGCAUAUGUUAUCAGAAGAUGCAUAAUCAGUUUUAUUUACCAGAAAGAAAUGAUGAUGUAUAAUUUGCGUUGUUAAAACUACAAUUAAUAGGAGGGGUAUGCUGGUUUACCUAUGUCUGUCCAUCUGUUCAAUGAAAUUUUCUCCCACAUAUUUCUCUGGAACCACAAAUCUAAGCUUCAUUAAAUUUGGUAUCAAGCUUUAGGUGAGCAUGUUAUACUGUAUUAAGCUUUUUUUUUCAUUUUCCUCCCUCAUCAACUUCCUGUUUACAAAAAUUUAUAUAUUCUAAUAAUGGCCAUGUAUGAAAUUUCGGUUGCACUUUUCUUUGGAAUCACAAAUCACACUUAUGAAAUUUGAUAUCAAGCUUCAUAUGAGCAGGUUUUACUGUAUGAUGCAUUUUCACAUCCAUUGCUCAACUAACUGUUUACCAAAUACUUGUAACUAGUUACAAUUAGUAAGCAACAGAUUUUCAUUUUGAUUGAUUGUAAGUUUUAAAAACCCCUUUUUAAAGUUUGAAAAAAAGAGAAUAUUUUGACAUUCAAUAAUGAUUGAUUAUUGUAAAAGUUCAUGUUUGGUAAAAGACAAAUAAAAAGUUAAAAUUUUAUAAGUCAUCUAUUUUUUCCUUGAUUUGUGAAUGGUCCUUAAAGUAAGAAAUUACACAAUAUAAAAUUCUUUGAAUUAUUAUAAUUGAAUGUAAUUAAAUUUAUAUGUGAAAACUGUAUUUAUUUUUGCUGUUUUUAUGUAACUGUGCUCAGUCUGUUUGUUUGUGUGGUUGAAUGGAGUAUGUUUUAAAAAAGUAGUAAUAUUAGUAGAAUAUGACAAUUUUGUGAGUGUUUUUACUUGAUGUUGUGAGUCUCUCUAGUGAACCGUUACAUAUGGUAUUUUUAAAUGUGUCAAGAUAUUUUAAUGAUAUAAAUUCGACUGAUGCUUGUUUACUGCUGUUUUUGUGAGAAGUUUAAGAUAACAGUAUCCAUGAUAAUAUUGAUAUUACAGAUAAGUGAAAUAAUUGAUGGAUCUCCUUGUACAUUAAUAUUUAAAAUAUAAUCUUGUACGAAGCUUUGGACCUAUAUGGCUCCUCUAUUAUAAGCAUUUACAAAAGAAAUCAAUAUAUUUUUUACGGGGAAAAUAGACUCCUUUUAUUUUUGUUUAUAGUAUGAGUGGUGGUAUUGGAGUAAAGAUAAUACAUGAUAGAAUUGUUUGAUUAUUUGCCAAAAUGAAGUUUAUAACAUGUUUUUUUCCAAAAAUAUCAUAUCAAAACAGUGUAGGUCAUUAAGCUUAAUUUCAUGUAACAGGUUUUUUCAAAUUUAUCAUACUUUGUGUUUUCAAAAAGAAAGUAUUAUUAUGUGUCUAGAAAAAAGAAAUGUAGAAUUUUUGAUAUUAGAGCUCAUAUUAACUGCCUAAAAAAAUUUUAAUCACCAUUCUUUUUUCUUGCUACAUAACAAAAAGAUAAAUUAACAGUAGUCUUGUCAAAAUAAAUAAUACAAGUUAUCUCCCCUUAUAAUCAGUUUUGAUGAGAUAUUUUCCCAGUAAGAGUUUUAGUGGCAGGUGUCACAUGACAUGUGAUGAAACUGAUAGGUAUUUUAUUUAGAUAUUUACAUCUGCCAAAUGUAGAUUUAUAAAAAGUAUAUGUAGUUAUGUUAUUUUUCCCAUUCUUUUUUCUAAAAUUCAUUAAAAAAAAAUUUUUUAAAUCCCUGUAGUCUUCUAAUGAAAGAUUUUUUUUGGUACUGUACUGUAUAUAAUUCUGAAAGUUAAUAAGCAGAUGUAAAGUUAGAUCACUUUAAAAUAGCACUAUUUAUAGUAAUAUGUUCACUUAUUAAAUCUAUGUAUUAUAAAAUGCAUGUUAACAUUUUACCUAACUACACACAUUAACAUGACCAGUGGCAUUGUAAGGACAUUAUAUAGUGCCUGUUAUCAUAUUUUAUAACUACAAUUAAAUAGUGUAACAUAAUGAACUGAUUUAAAACACAUUUUUAAUAAUCCAGUUAAAUGUAAUUAUUUUAUAUUUGUGUUUUGUUUCUAAAAAAUGUAUGUAUGUAUAUUAAAAUGUACUGAAAUUUUUGUUCUCUUUCUUUUUUAAUUUUGUAACAUACAUAUAUUUUACAAUUCAAAUAAAACAGAUCAUUUUGUUUUUUU